UUAUAACAAAAAAAAAAAGAAAUAAGAAAAAGAAAAAAAGAGCCAGCGGCCAAAAUCUCAGCCAUCCAAUCUCACUGCUCUCGUCUCUCUCUCUCUCGGAAUCUCCCACUUCUCUCAAUCUCCGAUCGAAUCUCUCUCUCUCUACUCAGCCGAAAAAAAUGAGUGAUUACGGUGAAAAGACUUGCCCAUUGUGUGCAGAGGAGAUGGAUUUGACUGACCAGCAAUUGAGGCCUUGCAAAUGUGGCUAUCAGAUUUGUGUUUGGUGCUGGCACCACAUAAUGGACAUGGCAGAGAAAGAUCAAUCAGAAGGGCGCUGUCCAGCUUGCCGCACUCCUUAUGACAAAGAAAAGAUUGUUGGGAUGACUGUUGAUCAGAGACUGACCUCUGAAGGCAACAUGGAUCGCAAAAAAACACAAAAGUCAAAAUUGAAACCUUCUGAAGGGAGAAAGCAACUAACUAGUGUUCGAGUGGUUCAAAGAAAUCUUGUUUACAUUGUUGGGUUACCACUAAAUCUAGCAGAUGAAGAUCUUCUCCAGCGUAAAGAAUAUUUUGGUCAGUAUGGAAAGGUUCUAAAGGUUUCCAUGUCCCGAACAGCAACGGGUCUCAUUCAACAGUUCCCUAACAAUACAUGCAGUGUAUAUAUCACUUAUGGCAAAGAGGAAGAGGCUGUUCGAUGCAUUCAGUCCGUUCAUGGGUUUAUCUUGGAUGGUAAAUCACUGAAGGCAUGUUUUGGGACAACCAAAUAUUGUCAUGCAUGGUUAAGAAACGUGGCAUGCAACAAUCCUGAUUGCCUCUAUCUGCAUGAGGUGGGCUCCCAAGAGGAUAGUUUUACAAAGGAUGAGAUCAUAUCAGCUUAUACAAGAGUUCAGCAAAUCACUGGAGCCUCAAAUACUAUGCAAUACCGUUCAGGGAGCAUGCUACCACCACCAUUGGAUGCUUAUUGCAGUGACAGUUCUACUGCAAAACCAAUUGCAAAAGUUCCAUCUACUACCGCAGUUAAUGUUCCCAAGAGUUCUCCACCUAGUGGGAGCUCUGGUAAAUCAACUGCUCUUCCUGCUGCAGCAUCAUGGGGGGCACGUUUAACAAAUCAAAAUUCUUUAGCAACUUCAGCUAUGUCAAAUGGAUCUUUGGAUAAUCAAAGAUCAACAUCGGAGAAUGGAACGUUGGCUAUGUCUACAGUUGUUGCAAAUGGGCCUGUAUUUUCUAGUAACACUCUUCAAAAACCACCUCACAAGGAAAAAAUCCAAAUAUUGGCUGAAAAAAGCAAACCUGGCGUGUUGAAGCCUUUGCAGCAUAACAAUGUGGUGGAUCCUGGGUCCAAGAGAACUACAUCACCUAAUAGAGAUGCUAGUAGCAAUCAGAUAUCCUGUUUAGUAGAAUCGUCACACAAUAGCAGAGUCAUUGACAAGCCUUCUGCUGUUGAGAGUUCUUUUGAACACACAGAUGAAAUUGCUGAAGAUGUCCCUGAUGUUAGUAACUUGUCGGCUAAUGUUGCACGGAUGGGGAUAACUACAAAUUCUAAGGAUGAAGGCCCUAGUGUUCCAGUGACUAUUGGUACUUAUUGUGAUCAAGGUUCUAUUAGACAACCUGGUAAUGAUGUAUCAAAUCUCGAGCAAUAUGGAAAACAUUCUCCUACAAACACUGAUGCAGAAUCUGACAUAUUACAAAAUGGGAUUCAUGGUUCAAGGCCAGAGUGGAAUUGGAGUUCAGGUUCACAAUCCCAGAUAGAUGUUAGGUCUACGUUGGAAGUGGAUGAUUUCACAUCAUUCAAUAACAAUAGGCGAGAUGUCGCGGAGGCUGUUAGCAACUCAUCGUAUAUGUUUAGCUCAUCAAGUUCUGCCCUGGAUUCGAAUAAUCUAGCUUCUCAUUCUUUACAGAACAGGGAAACUUCUGGAAGGAUGGAUUAUAAUAUUGGAUCCUCCUUUGACAUAGGUAACGAUAGAUUGCAUCUUCCAAAUGGAUUUUCUGAGAAACCAAUAUCCAGUAUGGAGCAUUCUUUAUUUGGUAAUGAAGGGAAGAGCAACAUUCAGAAAGCAGAGGAGGAUAUAAUUUCAAACAUUUUAGACUUUGAUCCCUGGGAUGAUACCUUGACUUCACCACACAAUUUUGCAAAAUUACUUGGCCAGAGUAAUCAUAGGGCCAGUACUUUGGAAUCUUCUAACCUCCUAAAGCAACAUAAUGACCAGUCCAGAUUCUCUUUUGCUCGGCAUGAAGAAUCAAAUAAUCAAGUGUAUGACAAUAAGAGUUACAGCAUCUAUGGGCAGUUGUCAAGAUAUCAGCCUCUUCAAGAGUUUGGAGUGAGCCGUGAUAUGUAUCAUGAUAAGCUUGGGAGUCAAAAUGGUUUUGCCUCAAAUUAUUCCGGUGGAUAUGAACAAUUUGCUGCUACUCCUGGAUUAUCUUCUUCCAAGAGUCCCGUGGCAAGGACUCAAGUCUCUGCUCCUCCUGGAUUCUCUGCUCCCAACAGGUUACCUCCUCCCGGUUUCUCUUCACAUGAAAGGACUGAUGUGUCUUCUGAUAGUGCAUCAGGAACUCGUUUACUUGAUGCGGCCGCUUUUUUGAAGAACACAUAUAAUAUACCAUCUCCAAGUGGCAAUUCAAAUGCUGCUGGAGAUAUUGAGUUUAUGGAUCCUGCAAUUUUAGCUGUUGGAAGGGGAAGAGUUCACAAUGUGAUGGAAACAGCAGACUUCGAUAUGAGAUCAGGGUUCUCUUCUCAGCUGAAUUCCUUUGAGAACGAUGCAAGACUUCAAUUGUUGGCGCAGAGGUCUCUGGCUGCACAACAAGUCAAUGGAUUUCACGAUCCCAGGAACGUUAACAACUUCUCUUCUUCACUCGCAGACCCAUAUGGGAUUAGUUCGAGGCUAAUGGAUCAAACUCAAGGCACUGGCUUAUCUCCUUUCACACAGUUGCCUAGACAAGCUUCACCAAAUUCAUUGUUGUCAAAUGGACACUGGGAUAAGUGGAAUGAUCCCCAAAGUGUUAACACUCUUGGUAUCACCCAGCUUCUAAGGAACGAACAGAUGGGAUUUAAUGACAAUGUCUACAACCGUUUUGAAGAGCCUAAAUACCGGAGGCCCAGUCCGGGAGAUCCGUACAACAGAACAUACGGGAUGUGAUUGCUUGGUUGGAUUUUCUCAAAAGAACGAUUGUUUGGCUGAUUGCAGUGUUGGAAGAAUCAUAGUCGAAACUGCUCUGUCUAUUUGCAUAUAUCAAACCAGAUCCAGUACCAACAAUCGCAAUAUUGGCUUCCCAUAAGCAGUUUAAACUCAAUUGGAGGAAACCUUACCAUGUUGUGUCUCAGCGAAAUAGUUUGAUGCUGCAGUGCCUACUGAUUUAGUCUACAUGUGCAUUCUGCAAAAGGCUGAACUUCUAGCAAACUCCCCAGCAUUUUUGGCGCUACUGUGAAUUCAUCCUCUGUAUAGACUAUAUAGAGCUAUAGACUAUAGAGCUUUCAAGAACAGUAUCAGUUUAUGCUUUUGUAAAAGAAGAGUUGCUGUUAGAAGAAAAAAAAAAAGAGUCCUCUUCAUCUUUUUU